AUGGCCCCCAAGAAACCAGAACAGAAGAAGGAAACUCUGAAGGUUCCUCAAGAGGCCGAAAAAGCUAAAGAACCAGAGUUUGAUCCUCACAGCAUCAAGAUUGACUUUGGCUCUGAUCAGAUUGAAGAGUUUAGGGAAGCCUUCCAGCUGUUCGACAGGACUCCUCAGAACCAGCUGCAGAUCUCUUUGUCUCAGUGUGGAGACGUGAUGAGAGCUCUGGGACAGAACCCAACCAACGCUGAGGUCCUGAGAGUGCUGGGCCGGCCCACAGCUGCAGACUUGGACAGGAAGCUGGUGGACUUUGAGACCUUCCUGCCGAUGCUGCAACAUGUGGCUCAGUCCAAAGACAAGGGGACAUACGAGGACUUUGUUGAAGGUCUGCGUGUGUUUGAUAAAGAAGGAAACGGAUCAGUGAUGGGAGCCGAGCUAAGACACGUUCUGGUCACUCUGGGGGAGAGGAUGACGGAGGCAGAAGUGGAUCAGCUGCUGGCAGGACAGGAAGACGCUAACGGCUGUAUAAACUAUGAAGCGUUCGUGAAGCACAUCAUGUCCGGCUGA